AUGGUCCGGUCAUGCUCUGCUGCUAAUUGUGUCAACCGGCAGACGGCGCUUACGAGACGCAAAGGGAUAACAUUCCACAGAUUUCCCAAAGAGGAGUCUCGGAGGACGCUGUGUGGGUGAAUGCCGUGUCCCACUCUCACGCUGCGGUUGGUAGUGAAUGGACCCCUUCUGUCCACAGCUCUCUGUGCUCCCAGCACUUCCACGAUAAACAGUUUGAUCGAACCGGGCAGACGGUGCGGCUCAGGGACUCUGCGGUCCCUAUGAUAUUUUCGACCUUCAGCUUUGCAAAGAUGCCAAGACACUGCUCCGCUCUCGGCUGCACCACUCGGGAUUCUCGGCUGACCAGGGAGAACAACAUCUCAUUUCACAGGUUACCAAGAAAAGAGGACCCUCGGCGAAACCUGUGGAUUGCGAACUGCAGAAGAACGGACCCAAGCGGUAAUGGGCUUUGGGACCCCUCCUCAGAAUAUGUGUACUUCUGCUCUAGGCACUUUGAGAAGAACUGUUUCGAAGUAACAGGAAUAAGUUGCUAUCAUCGUCUGAAGGAAGUCGGCCCACUUCCAGCCCUAUAUUUACACCUUACAACAUUAACCCCAGAGGGGUAUACUCCAAAAUCAAGGCACACAAAAGUAAGAAAACAACAAAGGCAAAAAGUAAAAAGGAAAUUAGACUUUUUGAGGAGUGAUCACGCAGCCGCGUGCGAAACUGCUGAUCCUUCGGGCAACCAGUGUUUUGAUGCUAGGAGGUAUGACGGCGUACCAACACCAGACUUGGUGAACUUCCACGGACUCUGCCCUGAAAACAUUGAUAUCCCAGGCGAUGCCGCCCCAGCCGAAGGAGCAUUGGCAACCACUGUAGACCACCAGAUGCAUCCAGAGGCCACGCUGGAAGAUAUAGAGGUGGGAACUGUAAUCGGCGGACCUCUCUCAGACUUAGAAUUGUCUCAUGUACAGGAAGAUAUGUCUUCUGAGAUAUGCGUAAACACGGACCCGGAAGGGUCCGCGGAGGGGGUUGGAGAACAGCCGCGCCCAGUGUCUCCUUCAGUCUACAUGAUGCGCAUCCCCCAGCCGCCGGGGGCCUAUAUUCAGAACGAGCACAGCUACCAUGUGGGGAACGCACUGCUUUUGGAAGAAGAGAGCAGAAGCCGCAUUAGAGGCAUUGACCAAAGUCCAGAGACAGCUGGAAGCUUGCAGACGGCGGGAGCAGAGGCUUCGCCUUCGCAUCUCUGCGUUACAGCAGGAGCACUUGCGGGAAAGGCGCGCACAAUCAGACGUCCGAGAGAAGCUGAAGGAGCAUCUGCAAGUGUUUGAGCUUCAGCUUAUAAAUGACUUUGUGUAA